AUGGCCCAGCAAAAUAUGAAAGUGCGACCUGUGCUUCUAAAGCGUAACAGCCUAGAGUCAGUGGAGUUCGUGAAACAACCUCACCAUCGCAGGAGCAAAUCUCAGCAGGUACGGUUCAAGGAGGAUGGGACCGGUAAGACUCCACCUGGCCUAGCUGAGGUUGAUGUCCAAGCAUCUGAGGACCCAGCUGUGAUGGGCAAGACUCAAGCCUCUAGGCACCAUCACCUCCCCGCCUACUCACUCUCCUUCCCCAGGUCCCAGAAGGCAGGGGGGUUUCGGAAUAUUGCGAUCCAAACCUCCCCCAGUCUCAGGAAGCAUUUCCCAGUUUUCAAAAGGAAGAGACUCACAGCCAGCAAGUCCCUGGUAGAAAUGCCAGCAGCAUCCCAAAGUGCCAUCCAGGUCAACGGCAACCUCUCCGAACAGGACAUUGUAUCCUCGGACCUCGCCUACUUAAGGUUGGCUCAGCAUCUUGAGGAUGGGCCUCAAAGAGUCAAAGUGUCCCACCCAUUUCCGCCUAGAAUGUCCAAGGUGCAAAGCAAUGGGCCUAUUAGCGUAUGCUUGGAAGCAGGGACUUGGAGGGCCUCAGAGAAAGCAACUGCUGCCAUUCAGGUCCCAGAUGAUAUUUACCACAGUCCUACCUGGGCAGCUAGAAAGUCCACUUUCAGCCCAGACAAGUCAGGUGACAUAAGCAACUCCGUACAUCCUUUGGUUGACGUGUGUCCAGGUGAUGGGAGAACAGUGCCACUAUCAGAUUCAGAAAGAUCCCCUUCCUGGUUAAAUGCCACCAGCGAUGCCAACCACAUGACAGGCACAGGGAAACUUAACCCCGAAUUGCUUUUGCCCAAAGACAACUCUGAUGACAAAGACCUUGGCCCGCUGUCAUCUAGGUCAAAGGAAACACGUAUUCCAUCACCUCCACGGACUCACAGCUCCCCAUCACCAGGCUCCCACAGCCAGCCUGACCAUUCAGGAGGGGCUUCAGACUGUUCCUCUUCAAGUAACAAUCACCAGGAUCUGUUGUCACUCAAAACUAACAGCGUGUCAAUUUCUGCCCCCACGUGUCAGGAGCAGAUGACAAAGAACCCUACCCAGUCAGACACUGUAGAGUUUCAAAAUUGUUCAGGAAGCAAUCACCUCCAAUCUCUUCCAAGAAGGGAGACCAAACUUCAGAGCAACAGAGAGACCGGUGGGAUUAAUCCAAUUCACCUGGCACGGGGGGAACUCUGUGAUCUCCAAGGCAGGUUGCAAUCCGUGGAGGAAUCUCUGCACUCGAACCAAGAGAAAAUUAAAGUACUUUUGAAUGUAAUUCAAGACUUGGAGAAAGCUCGGGCCCUCACAGAAGGGCGCAACUUUUAUCGAACGGGCCAAGAUCUCAACAAUUGCAGUACCUGCCAGAACACGGCGUGCAUCAUAUACAGUGUAGAAUAUGAUUUUCGGCAGCAGGAAGGCAGGUUCCAUGAAGUUCUACAGAGUCUGGAGGAAGCGGAACCAGUGGGGGAGACAUCUCCCCCACCAAAGUCCCCAGCAGAACCUGCAGUCCCUGAGAAACAGGACUUAAGGAGGAAAACCAAGAAAGUGAAGAAGAAAUGCUUCUGGUGGAUCUGAGCUUGUUGGGUCCAUUCCCUUUGCCCUCCCCACAAACCUCCCCAAGGUGGGGAAACCGCUGCCUUCAGGCUUUCUCUAGUUCUUAGCACAGGCCCCAGGUAGUUAGCCAUUCAACUUGUGAAAUGGGAAAGACUAGGGGCUGGUCUAUCUGCUGCUGGACA